AUGUCCGUUCGUAAAAAAAUACCCCCAAAACCAACCACAAAACAAUUAAAACAAUUAAAAUCUUCAUUAUCAGUUUCAUCCUUUAAUCGCUUAAAAUCAUUUUCUGGACGUCCCCCUCUUUACAGAAUUAAAACUAUGGAGAAUUUUGAACAACUUUAUGAAACAACUGCAGGCAUUCCUGGGAUGAAUUCAUCCCCUUUAAGAGGAGGGGAUUGGGCAGAUUCGCCUGGACCUGCUGAUGGAAUUAGGCGACAAGAACUUUGUUCGAGGGUUAUGCUGACUAUUACAGCAAAAGAACUCCGAGAUUUGGACCCAGAUGAAUGUAUUGACCCUUAUUGUCGAGUUAGUGUGUGUGAUUCUUCCAGUGCUCCGAAUAGACAAUGGGAAUUUCUUGGACAGACUGAAGUUGUUGGAAAUACAGACUGUCCAGAAUGGAGUACAAAAAUAUGUUUAACCUAUUUUUUUGAAGAACAGCAGAGACUUCACUUUGAAGUUUUCGACAAAAACAAAGAAGGCCUAAACCCCGCUGGCCGGCUUUACCCUAAACGUAUAGGACAAUGCUCAAUCCUAUUACACGAACUUGUUAGUGCUAAUAUGAAUAGGCUUUCAAAGAAUUUGAUGGAAGAAGGAGAAUUCGCCGGAAUAUUAACUGUAGUAGCCGAAGAAUUAAGUGAAGGAAGGCAAGAAUCUGUCUAUUUUGUUGUUAGCGGUCACAACUUGGACAGAAAAGAUUUUUUGGGAAAGUGCGACCCUUUUUUGAAGAUUAGCCGAAUUAAUUUUGAUAACACGCUUCAAUUAGCCUUCAGAACAAGGUAUCAUGAACAAAAUUUAAAUCCAAAAUGGAAACCUUUUGAAAUAUUAACUCAACAAUUAUGUUACGGAGACAAAGACAGACCUUUCCUUAUUGAGUGUUUCGACUGGGAUCAGGACGGAAAUCAUGAUUUGGUUGGCGCUUGUCAAACUACAGUGAAUAGACUGCUUUGUGGACUAGACAAGGAAUUACCCUUGAUCAACGAAAAGAAACUUAAAAAACACAAAAAAUAUGUAGAUUCUGGACAAGUACAAUUUCACAGAAUACAUUUAUGGAAUGAUUAUACUUUCUUAGAUUUUAUUCGAGGAGGAACCGAGCUAGAUUUUACUGUGUCGGUAGACUUUACAAAAUCAAAUUUGCCUAUGCAGGAUCACUCAUCUCUCCAUCGCCGCGAUCGUAUGAAUCAAUACGAAUUGGCAAUUGGCGCAAUUUUAGAAAUUUGUCAGCAUUAUAGUAGAAGCAAAUUAUUUAAUGCAUACGGGUUUGGCGCUAGAAUACCUUCAGUGGAUGAUAAAGUCCACUACAAUUUUCCCUUGGCCUCCUCAUUGCCUUUAUCAAUAAUUGUAGUUGGUGUUGGUUAUGAUACUUUUGAUGAAAUGAAAGUUUUAGACUCUGACAAUAGACUUUUAUGUUCACACAAAAAAUAUGCAAAAAGGGACAUUGUUCAAUUCGUUCAAAUCCGCAAAUUUUUGCCACCUCACCGGACUAUGACUGAAUUAGAAUUAGCACAAGCUAAGGCUAAACUAGCCAAGGAAGUGCUAUUUGAAGUUCCUGGACAAUUAAUUGGAUACAUGAAGUCUAAAGGAAUUUCCCCUCGCGAUCCUGAUAAUCCUUUCAGUGAAAAUGACCGACAAAUAUUAAUUUCCCCAGCAGCUCAUCGACUACGUGAUUCCUCGACGUCGGGAGUAAAUGCUCGAAGAAGUAGCAGCUUAAAAACAAGCAAAGAAAUUUUGGCUGGAAUACAGACAAGGCCUAGAAAAUCUGGUAAACCUCAACAAUCUUCCUCUACUUUUAAAUUUUUCUAG